CACGAGUGUUCCGAAUACAUGCUACAAAUAUUUCGGGCCAAAUCGGUGCUGCGAGGCAGAUAUCACGAUAGGCGAACGAGGCGUGCUGCCCCAGAUUCAGCCAAUCGGUGCUACGAACCUGGGGGAAAUUAGCCUAGGGAAAAUAUUCGCGAUAUAAUAUGGAACACGGGCUUUGCAGUCGGAGGGGCUGCUCGCACACGUUACUCAUAUUUUUUCAUCUGUCAAUUUCAGGGCUUAGAUAGGCUUGAGCUUGAUCAACCGGGACACCCAGAGUGCGAAUAAUUAUACGAGCGACGCAUCGGUGAGAAAAGUGGAUUAAAAGUGGUAAUCGUGAGUCUUCGAUACAUAGUUUGAACUGAUCUAGGUAAGAAUGUCGAGCGAAAGCGUCAAAACGUUUGCCAGCCUUGAGACACCUGGAUAUGUUGGCUUCGCUAAUCUGCCAAAUCAGGUUCAUCGAAAGUCUGUUAAAAAAGGGUUCGAAUUUACUUUAAUGGUCGUCGGAGAGUCGGGCCUUGGAAAAUCAACGCUAGUGAAUAGCCUCUUCCUCACAGAUUUGUACCCGGAAAGAAUUAUUCCUGACGCAGUUGAAAAAACGAAUCAGACUGUGAAGCUUGAUGCUUCAACUGUAGAAAUUGAGGAACGCGGUGUGAAACUUAGAUUGACAGUAGUGGACACUCCUGGAUACGGAGAUGCUAUCGACAAUACUGACAGUUUCAGAGCCAUUAUUCAGUAUAUUGAUGACCAAUUUGAAAGAUUUCUUAGAGACGAAAGUGGCCUUAAUCGUAGAAAUAUUGUGGAUAACAGAAUCCAUUGCUGUUUCUACUUUAUAUCUCCGUUUGGUCACGGGUUAAAGCCUUUGGAUAUUGAAUUUAUGAAACAACUGCACAACAAGGUCAAUAUUGUACCAGUAAUAGCAAAGGCGGAUGUGCUGACGAAAAAGGAAGUUCUUCGUUUGAAGAAACGUGUUAUGGAGGAGAUCGAAGGCAAUGGUAUCAAAAUAUACCCACUUCCAGACUGUGAUAGCGAUGAAGAUGAAGAUUACAAGGAACAAGUGAGACAGUUGAAGGAAGCAGUACCAUUCGCAGUUUGUGGUGCAAAUACGCUCUUAGAAGUCAAAGGGAGAAAAGUUAGGGGACGAUUGUAUCCGUGGGGUGUUGUGGAAGUAGAAAAUCCUGACCAUUGUGACUUCAUAAAAUUGAGGACAAUGCUUAUAACACACAUGCAAGAUCUCCAAGAAGUUACGCAAGAGGUUCAUUAUGAAAAUUAUCGUUCUGAAAGAUUAGCUAAAGGAGCUCCUGCGCCACCGAGACGUCAAACGAUUAUAGAGUCAGAAAAGACGAAUACUGUGAGCGAAAAAGACCGUAUUUUACAAGAAAAGGAAGCGGAAUUACGACGCAUGCAGGAAAUGGUGGCUCAAAUGCAGGCCCAAAUGCAACAACAACAACCUUAGAAUUGAAGAAUAUUUAAAUACAUCUUGAGGAUAAAAUCUCCAUCUUGCCAGGUGCCAAAAGUCGAAAGAAACUACAGUACUGUCUUAAAUUUUGAUUCGUAAAAAGGAGUGGUCCAAUAAUUGGUAUUAAUUUUGGAAUUUGCCAUUCCGAAAUUCCAAAUCAGAAUCGAUUUUAUUUUACCACCAAUUCAUAGGACGUAGUACAAUUUUUUUACUUCUCAUCAUAGUUUAUAAUUUUUUAAUUGUGAAUGUUUAUGUGCUGUGGGACGUGCAUAUUGAGUGAUAGAAGCUAAACCAAAAAAACAAAAUAACCAAGACACAAAAACAUUUGUUACUUACAUAUCUGUGUGCAUUGUAAAGAGAAAUAUAAAGAGUGCCUUGCAGUAUUUUUUUUUUAAACGAAAUGUGUAUCAUUUUAGCCAACUUGUUCUGCACAACCCGCACUUUUACAUAAUUAUUUAGUGAAAAUUAAUUUCAAAAAAAACUUCGAGGUAAAAUAAAUAUGACAAUAUCAAUCCAUUCCUGACAAGAAGAUUAGUGAAUUUCUUAUACUAAAGGUAUAAAGAUACCCAUUAGUUUUUGCUUGCAAUGUUAAUAACAAUAUCACAUAUCCGCGCGAUAUUUAUGUUUUCUAUGUUGAAAUACGUUCCAUAUUGUAUGUGCGAUAUGAAGUUAAAAAAAUCUCAUAAUUCGUACAAAAUUUCCUCAUAUCAAAGUUAUGAUUAAAUAUACUGCCAGUUUUAGGUAUUGCAAAUUCCUGAAUGUUAACAAGCAAUUAGAAUCGUAUUAGGUAAUGGCGAAUUUCGAAUAUGAGAGAAGAGUAUAUAUUUUCUAUAAAUAAAAUAGGUUUAAUUGUUCGUUGUGACAACGCAUUUACUCUGUACUGAUCUACAUAUAAUACUUUUUUCAUCUGUAUUUAAGUGGAAUUUUUCGGCUUUAUACAAUUGUAUUUUCUAAGUGAAAGCCUUUUAUUAUUCCUCACCUUUAUUAGGAGGCAUAUUACCCUAAUAUCAUUUUUAUUGGCAUUGAGAAAGUGAAGUUUGAUCAAGGAAUUGUCAACUAUUUUGAAAAUCUUUAAGUAGGUAGAUACCGUAAGUGUGUAAGAAAUU